AUACCUGAAGAGUAUGCGGCCAAAAAGGAGCGUCAACUGGCGGAACGAACUCGUCGGCGUCGUGCCAAACUGACUGCAAGGGCCAUUCAGGUUCAUAAGGAUCAACAAACCUGGGAACACAACCGAAUGCUUCGUUCGGGUGUCGUACAGCGUGUUAUUCCUGGCAGCAACAAUGCCGAGGGUGAUGGCGAGGAAGAAGGGGGAGGUGAGGCAGGUGGUUUUCUGGGUGAUGAGGAUGAUGAGGAAGAAGCAGAAGGACGCGUUCACCUACAAGUGCGUAACAUAUUGCCACCCUUCCUCGAUGGACGUACAGUUUUCACGCGCCAGCCAGAACCAGUGAUACCCGUCAAAGACCCGGACAGUGUUAUGGCUAAGCUUGCUCAGAAGGGUAGUGCCAUGGUACGUUACUUCCGCGAGCAAAAGGAACGUCGAAGAGCUCAGAAAAAAGAAUGGGAGUUGGCCGGCACCCGGUUGGGUGACAUACUUGGAGUCCGUCGGCCUGACGAAAAUGAGGCAGAGGGUGGCCGCUGGCAUGAAGGAGCCUACCGAGAGUCGCAGACGUUCCGGGACAAAUUCGGCAAUUCAACAACGCAAGACGAAGCGGCCAGCCACUUCACAAAGAAGAAAACCAUUUUAGAGCAACGACAGGCGCUCCCUGCUUUCCAAGCGAAGGCAGCUUUGAUACGACUCAUCAAAGAGCAUCAGGUGAUUUUUCUACAUGCAGGUUUCAUAAAUUCGCUUUUAUCCCUCUAA